ACUUCGCAGCGGCUGUCGCAUCAACCCCCGGCGUGUGGCAAGCAGAAGUCGAAAUGAUGGGACUGGAGCGGAGGUCAGGUACAACGCGGUACAAUGUGGUUUUGUUGUUUCAAGGAACUUUUGAGAGGUACAGAGGGAAGCGAUCAGAUGAUGGGAGUGAAGGGUCCCUCGGACCGUACUAGCUAGCCACACCCUUCACCUGCCUCUUCCUCUCACUGAACUGAACACAACGGAGGUGUGCUGAGCUGAGCUGAUCCAGGAAUCACGGAGACCCUAGUUCCGCCAUGGAGCUGUGAGGUUCCGAGGGCUUUCUGUAGCGUAUCCGACGGCGUUCAACACUCUUUUUGGAUCGCCUAAGUCUUAGGUUUUAACUGGAGCUUGAUUUCUCAUUGCUAGCGGAUUGGCUAUCCCUCGUCAGCUCUGUCAGGGCUUCAGCCAUGUCGGGGGGUUUUUUUCGAGGGACCAGCGCGGAUCAGGACAGCCGGUUUUCCAACAAGAAUGCGAAGCUGCUAAAAUCGCAGAAGUUUGCUCCGGAGCUUGACGAGCCGGUGGAUAUGACCAAGGUAAAGAAGGAGGUGAUGCAGCCAUGGAUCGCCAAGCGAGUGACCGAGCUACUAGGCGUGGAGGAUGAAGUUCUGAUCAACUUCAUCUACAGUCUCUUGGAAGGCAAGAAGGUGGACGGCAAGCAGGUCCAGAUUCAGUUAACCGGGUUCAUGGAGCGGCACACGGCCAAGUUUAUGAGGGAGCUGUGGUGCCUGCUGCUGUCGGCGCAGGCCAACGUCAGCGGCAUCCCGCAGAAGUUCCUCGACGAGAAGGCCGAGGAGACCCGCAAGAAGAAGGAGGCGGAGCAGCGCAUUUUGUCUGAGAUUGGGCGCAAGAGGGAGAUGCAGCAGGGCUCGUUGCUGGGCCCUGGUGGCGCUGCUGCUGCCGCCACACCGGGAGUGGAUGUGGAGGCUGCUCGAAGGAAAGCGGCAGAAGCAGCGGCGCGCCUCACAGCCGCUCUCCUGGGCCAUCCGCCUCCCACUGCUGCUGCUCCCGCUGCUCCUGCUGCUACUGCACCCGCGGUGGUAUCAGCGCCGCCGGCCGUCCCGGCGGCUACUGCUGCUGGCAACGCUGCUAUCGCUGCCGCCACCGCGGCUGCUGCGGCGAUCACGGCGCAGGCCGCCAAGCUGGCGCAGGAGAAAGAGGCGGCUGCAGCAGCUGCUGCAGCUACUGCUGGUGACGGUGUUGCGGGAGCGGUAGAAGAGGCUGCUAUAGGUGAUGGGAGGGAAGGCGAUGAAAGGACUGCGGUUGCUGCUGCUGUUGGUGGUGAUGGUGCUGGUGAUGGUGCUGGUGCUGCUGUUGGUGCUGCUGGUGGUGCUGGUGCUGCUGCUGGUGCUGGUGCUGGUGCUGGUGAAGAAGGGGCGGACCAGGAUCAGGCGGACACUCGUUCCCCCUUGCCUCCCCCCCCUCGAACCCGCUCCCCCACCCGCCGUCGCCAUCGCUCCCGCUCUCUCUCCCCCGACCGCCGCUCUCGCUCCCCGCCCCGCCACCGCCGCUCCGCCUACCGCUCCCCCCGCCGCUCGCCCCCGUCCUCCUACCGCAGCAGCCGCCACCGCUCUCCCCUAAGAAGCCGCGGGUACCAGCGCGACGGGCGCUCGCCGCCAGGAGACUACCGGCGCAGAGGGGGGGACUCCCGCCGCCAGGCGUCUGUAUCUCCGCUGCCCCCUACUCGGCGCCCCUCCAGGCAGGAGGAAUCGCUGUCGCGGUACCCCCCGUCUAGUAGGUCGAUGAGGGGGCGGGGUGAGAGAGGGCGGGAGGUGAGAGGGAGGGAGGGGAGAGGGCGGGAGGAGAGAACACGGGGAGAACGACGGGUGGAUGAAAGAGGGGUUGGUAAAGACAGGGGCACGUCGUUCAAACGGGGGUCGCCGGGGAGGGAUAGGGGAGGUAGGGGGGAGUGCGAUGGGGAGUAUGAGGAGGAGGAUGAGGAAGAGGAGUAUGAGGAGGGUACGCGGGCUGGUGUGAGCAAGGACGGAAAGAGAGGAGGGGGAGGAAGGCGAGAUGAGGAGGAGACAGAGGAAGUGGAUGAGGAAGGGGAGGAGAAGAUGGGUGGGAAGGGUAGGGCGGGUCGGUUGGCGCAGGAUGUGGGGAGUGACGAAGAGAUGAUGCCGAGAGGAAGGGGCCGAGCUGAUGUGGGGAGGAGUGGAAAGGGCGAUGCGGAGGUAGGCAGGGAAAGGGAUAGGGAUAGGGGCACACCAACUGCUGCUGCUGGUGCUGGUGCCGGUGCCGGUGCCAGUGAUAGUGAUGGCGAGGAGGCGAAAGAUGACCUGGGUGCGAUCAAGAAGUCUGAUGGCCGGAGGGCGAGAGUGGGGCGAAGGGGCAGGGAGGAGGUGGAGGAGGCGGGAGACGAGGAGGAGGACAGGUGGGGUGGGGAGGGGGAUAGGAGGGGGAUUGACGGGGGAAGGUAUGUGGGGCGGAAGUAUGACGGGAGCGGAUAUGAGGGGCGCGCGCGUGAGAGGCGCGAUGAGGAGAUGGGGGCAGGAAGGGGGGAGGUGCGGGGGGGAAGGAGAGCAGGGUUUGAGGGGGUAAGGGGUGGGGAAAUUCGAGAGGGGGCACGGGGCAGGGAUGGACCCAGGGAGGGUUGGACAGAGGAUUGGGAGGCUAAGGGUGGGCGUCCUAGUGGUAAUCGACCAAACCAUGUGGGUGGGGAUGCUGGUGGUGGUGGUGCGAAUGAUUCACGGGGCUCAGGGCCGAGGCAUGGGGAGAGGAGGGUGAGGGCGCAGGACGAGGAGGAAGAGGAGGAGGAGGAGGCGGGGAGGGAGCAGGGAAAGUCUCGCAGUUUCCGCUCGUCGCAAGAAGCAUCCCCUCAUGAUGCCUCCCCUCCUUCCUCUGCCACUCCCUCUCCCCGACGACCGACAAGGGAGGGUGGGGUGAGAGGGGCCGGGCAGGGAGAACAGAUGGGUGGAGAUGGGUUUGGGAAGGCGGAGAGUGAGGAGUGGGAGGAGGAUGAGGGGAUGAACAGUGAGGAGAGGAGGGAGGCGAAGAGGAGGAGGAGGGAGGAGAAGAAGGCUCGCAAGGAGGAAAGAGGCGGAAGAAGGAGGAGAAGCGGAGGCGCAAGGAGGAGAGGCGUGCGGCUAAGGAAGCGCGGCGGGGCAUGGGAGGGGAGGAGAGGGGCAGUAGUGAGGAGGACGAGGAGAGACAGGCGGAGAGGGGGGUGGAUGGUGAUGGGCGGGAUGGGCGGGAUGGGCGUGAUUGUGAGGGUGUAGGCAGGGGCAAGAGGGAGAGGGAGUGGGAGGAGGGGGGGGACGAGGAGCGAGAGAGGGGGGGAGGGCCUCCUGUGAGCAGCAUGGAGGAACUGAGGGAGAGAGCCCUGCGCUCCAUGCAGGCUAAGCGCUCUAGGGAAGGCUGACGGGGGCUUGCACGGAUGGCAUGGGAGAGAGGGAUGGCGUGACAGGGAUGAGGGGGGUGGCAUGCCAUGCGGUGGAACUAUUUUGGUCUAAAAUGAGCAGAUGAGUGGAGAUUUGGGGGCUAUGGAGUGAGUUUUUAUUACUGAAGGCUUGUGGAACGGUAUUUCCACACAUUUCGAAUUCCAAUCUUGUUUUGUUUUGAAGGGCUCUUUGCCUAUCCCUUCAUUGUCAUACGAAGAGCUUCAGUGGUUGGUCCUCACCUCUUGUUUCAGUUUUGCAGAUUUCGAACAUACAUUAUUUGGCAU